AUGGGUAGAUUAAAAAAAACCCUAAUUUCAGCUUGCCUUCUCUACUUGGCUAUUCUACCUCUUAUAGUCUCAUCCGCAAAGGAAGAAGACAAAUGCGGUGGCUCUAAUGGAAGAGUUUCUGCUGCGGAGAAGGCGACGACUCUUAAUUACAAGAUCGGAGCUCUCUUCUCCAUCUUAAUCGCCGGAGUAUUCGGAGUCUGUUUACCUAUCUUCGGUCUCAAGUCAGAGAGCAAUUUCUUCAUGUUCGUGAAAGCAUUCGCCGCCGGAGUAAUUCUAGCCACCGGUUUUGUCCACAUUCUCCCCGAUGCCACCGAGAGUCUCACGAGUCCGUGCAUCGGAGAAGAGCCACCGUGGGGAGAUUUUCCGAUGACGGGACUCGUCGCCAUGGCUGGAGCGAUUUUGACCAUGCUGAUUGAGUCCUUUGCUUCAGGGUAUUUGAAUAGAUCUCGGUUGGAGAAUGAGUCUAAGACCUUGCCUGUGAGUACGGGUGGAGACAAAGAGGAGGACUCUGUUCAUACUCAUGCCACACAAGGACAUUCUCAUGGCUCUCUGCUCGGUCCCCAAGAUGAUCACAUUGAUCUGAGGAAAAAGAUUGUCACUCAAAUAUUGGAAUUGGGGAUUGUAGUUCACUCGGUGAUAAUAGGAAUAUCACUUGGAGUAUCUCCGAGUGUUAGCACAAUAAAGCCUCUCAUAGCUGCAAUAACAUUCCAUCAAUUGUUUGAAGGUUUUGGUCUUGGUGGUUGCAUCUCUGAGGCAAAGUUUAAAGUUAAGAAAAUAUGGGUUAUGGUGUUGUUCUUCGCAGUCACAGCACCACUAGGGAUCGGAAUCGGGAUAGGAGUUGCAGAGAUUUACAAUGAGAAUAGCCCGAUGGCCCUAAUGGUGUCCGGUUUUCUUAACGCUGCGGCUGCUGGAAUCUUGAUUUACAUGGCGCUUGUUGAUUUGGUAGCUCCACUAUUCAUGAACCACAAAGCUCUAAGUAGUAUGAAGAUACAAUUAGCUUGUAGCUUUUUUCUAAUUCUUGGUGCUUGUUUGAUGUCUCUUCUAGCUAUUUGGGCUUGA